AUGGCGGACAACGUAACGAAAGAAGGGAACCCGCUGGAAAUCAACACCGGACAUCACGUGGCUCCCGUCCACAGCUCGCCUCACAGACCAGCAAAAACUGAUCCCUUCAUCCUUAAGGGGGAAUACCAAGAAGGGAAUCCAGAAGAAAGGUCAAACGGAGAUGUCUUGGUGGGGACCUGGUACACACCAACGCAAUUUGUGAAAGAAGCUCAAAGUGCACGCCAUCCCAUGGAUGAGAAUGCAUUGGAGAAAAUUACAAAGGAUGCGAUUGAGUUUGUGUCAGGUAAUUCCCAAGAACUUGUGUCGAUAGAAAGGAAGAAGAACUUGUUGACAGCCAAAAUCCUGGCCAAGCAACUGGAGGGUCAGGAGAAAACGCUGCAGAACAAUCUUCCUGACUCGAUAGCGAAAGUGGUUCAAGGAAAGAAAAUAUUACUUUGGCAAAAGUUGCUGGAACAGAAUGGGUACGAUGACAUGGAAGUGGUGCAGUUCAUGAAGGAAGGGGUUCCCCUAGUAGGAACGCAUGAUCAUCCUAAGUGCUAUCCUCUGAAAAUCAAGCUCGCAUCCACGACAGAGGAAGAACUUAGAGAUUCAGCAGUGCCGUGCAGGCUGGCCCUGGAAAACAGGAGGCCGCAAACUGAUGCGCCGGGCUUUGCUCAGCACUUGGAGGAAACAGCACAAGAAGAGGUCGACAUGUCGUUCCUCGAAGGACCUUACCAUUCAGCUGCCGCAGUGACAGAAGCCCUUGGCCACUCUAACUGGCGCAUCAUGAGGCGUUUCGUUAUAGAGCAAGGGGCAAAACUGAGGCCCAUAGAUGACGGGCUUGAGGCGCAGUUGAAUUCGGCAUCCACUUCAACGAUCAGACUUGACUUGCAAGAUGCAGACUAUGUGAUUGCCCUGACAUUAGAACUUGGGAAGACUAGAGGCUUAGAUUGGGUAGGCAAAACCUUAGACCUAUCCAAGGCAUACAAGCAACUGUCCAUUAAGCCGAGUCAUAGAGAUCUGGCAGUGGUGUUCUUCAGAGAUCAGCAAGGGAACGCCAGAUACUAUAUCCCCAAUGCUUUAAUGUUUGGGUCGACGGCCGCAGUUUAUGCAUUCAACCGAGUCAGUAGAUCGAUCUGGUUCUUGAUUAAUGUUCUUUUGAAAGUGCCAUCGGCAGUGUAUUUCGAUGACUACCCCAUGUUUGCACCGAAAAAAGCUGCGCCAGAAACUGAUGCAUUGGUGUCAGAUUUCCUAGAUCUCUUGGGGUGGCGCCAUGACAGAACGGGACCGAAAGGAAAACCGUUUGCGCCAUCACUUGAUGUGCUGGGAAUGACAUUGGACUUGACCAACUUGAAGCCUGCCGGAAUUGUAACCUUGAAAAAUAAGGAAGGAAGAGUGGAGAAGAUAUCUUCAAACAUUUUAGGGAUUCAACAAUCGGGCAGCAUGAGUUUGGCGGAGGCGCAGGAAAUCCAUGGCCUGUUGAAUUUCGCUACCGGAUACUUUGCAGGGAGAUCUUUGACGUACUCAUGUUUCAAAAUUUUUUCCUUGGUAGACAAGGGCAAUUUCCAAUCCAGGCAGCUGAAAGCUUGGUGUGAAGAAGUUCUUGUUCUACUAGAAAGUGUCCGACCCAGGACCAUCCCAAUUACCAUCAACACAAAAACUGCGCUUGUGUUUACAGAUGGUUCCUGGGAGAGCGGAGUAGGCGGCCUAGGAGCGGUGCUUCUGGAUGAGUCCACAGGUUCCAGUGUGGUGAUACAAGAUGAGGUUCAUGGAAGUCUUUUGUUGCUGUGGAAAGGGACAGUUGGCGAUCAACUCAUCUGCCAAAUCGAACUCCUCGCAAUGGUGCUGAUAAGAUGGCAGUGGAUGCACGAGCUUCAUAAUCGCCGAGUCCUUCUCUUUGUUGACAACAACUCAGCAAGGGGGGGCACCAUCAAAGGUCGAUCCAAUAGUCCUUCAAUGGACGACCUGGUCAAGGUUCAAAGGGCAGGUGACAAGAAGGUGCUCAUGAAGCAGCAGAUGCUGGUGAACGAGAUGAUGGUGGAAACCCAGCGGAGGUGCAAGUGGAGCACAACCUUCGAGCUCAAUGGAACCACCUAUGCUUUGCAUCAUGAACGAUGGUUUGUCGAACUCAACUCAAUUCAUUUGCAACGAGAUCAAGCAGAACGAGCAAAGAUGCUGCAACUUUUGAGAAACCUACAGAAUCUCUUGGUGAAGUUUCAGAGCGGCAACACAGAGAUAUGGAUUGAAGCGGCAGAACAAGUGAGAUCAUGGCUCAACAAUGAUAGUGGCAUCGAUUUCUUGGAAGAGCCGGAGACGGAGUCUGGAAGUCUUCAAGGACAUGCAGAAGAAGGAGAAGAAGAAGAACGGACUGAUGAUUCAGACCAUUCCCAACCAGGAGACGGUGAUGACCCAGAAGGCCCAGAAGAGGAUAUGGACGCGACUACGACUACGAUGAUGAUGAACAUCGUGGUGGUGGCUACGGCGGCACUGGUGGAAGUGGAGCUGACCGUGCACGAGUCGGGGGGCGGCCUUCAUCAGGAUAGCUCGAAUUUCGGGCACGAUUCGCUGCGGUUUGGAAAAGGAAAAUUCAGUGGUCGAAGGCAUUCAACCGCUCAUGUGCCAGCUAAAGAGUCUGCAGAGGGUCGCCGCAAAUCCAUUUCGGCAAGGCGAAGUUCCCUGAGGACUGGACCUCCAGUUCUUGGAGGGUCUGCGGUGCACUUCUCGCCUGAAAAGAAAACAGGGGGACGUCGUUCUUCAGUAGGAGCCAGUUUUCAAUUGCUCGGUCCUCCAAGUUCAAGUGAUGAGUCUCCCCAAAAAACUUUCAGGCGAAGGGCAUCCGCUGCUUCCGUGGCAAAUGUGCGAAGAGCUUCCAUGGCGGGGUCGGUAGCAGAGACCUUGAAGCAGGCUCGAGUAGAAAUGCGACGGCUGUCUAAAGGCCUCAACGAUAGAAACAUGCCUGUCCCAGAAGAAGAUCACCAAUCUCUCAGCCAACACGCGAAGCUGAAAAGGGCCAUGACCACUCCCAUCGCCUUGGAUAUCAGUAGUCUGGCACCUUCAGAGAAACUAUGCGGAGUGCAAGUCCGCAAGCCAAGCGAUAAAGCGAAGGCAGAAGAAAGUGAGGGAAAGAAACAAGCCCCGAAGAUGCCUGAGAAUGGGAAGCUUCUGCAGAAGACUUCUCUUUUUGGAAGGCUUUCGGACCAGGCGCUGAUCUUUCUGGCCGAACACGGAGAGGAGCGCUUCCUGCGAUUCUCUGAAGUUGUAUACAAAGAAGGAGAAAAGCAAAACCAGGAAUGGCUUGGUUUGGUGAUCUCUGGACAACUAACGCAUCAGAUUCAGUCUGAGCGCAUGGAAUACGAAAGAGAUUACAGCUUACCGACAAUCCAGCCUGGCAUGCUUUUUGGUGAGUUGGGUGCCUUAAAUGUUUUACAGGCACGCCAUUCGACUGUGACAGCGGAGGUUGACUCCAAGGUUUUGGUGCUUCGCUCCGAAAAGAUUUGGGAGGCUGUUAAUGGUUUUAGCGACGACGUCCUAAGGAUGACAGCAGAAAGCGAGAGCUGGGCGGCUUUCAUGGCGUCCGAAAUUGCGCUCAUGUGCCACCCGCAGAUAGCGUAUCAGUUGCGGGGUGUUGCAACUGUGAAGACGGUGGUAGAGGGUGAGGAGCAUCAGCUUUCUGUCUCGAACCAGAAAAGGCAAACCUGGGCCGCAGCCAUCAUCGAACGGGGCCAAGCUGUCGUCAAAGAAACUGGGGAGGUGCUGAAGCCAAAGGAUACAGUGAAUGCUGCAGCCAUGCUGGGCAUGAACAGGUCAAGUACGGUGAUGUCACAUGGCGGGAAAGCCUGCCAGAUUGCUAUGCUGGACAGGGUGGUGUUCUGGGAUUUGGUGCGGAAUUUUCCAAAGGCCAAGGAGGUCUACGCUCGAUGGGCUCUGUUGCAGUUGCCUUCUGCGACGUCUGAAAUCUCACAAAUUCCGAUGCUGCAAUACCUGGAAGGCUCACACUCCUUCUUCAGAGCAUUGGCAGGAAGUAUUCGUCAGCGAGUCGCACCACCAAGAGCAGUUGCAGUCGUGGCCAAGGACGCGUUCGAAACGUUAGUUUUUUUGCAGCAGGGCCUGGCAGAUGUCAAUCUUCACGGACACAAGGUGAGAGAGCUUCAUGCCGGGGAGGGUCUCGGUGAGUUAAAUCUCUUGAGCAUCCAGGCAUUGGCUGGAAUGACAGUGGUCGCCACGGAGUUUUGCGUGCUUCAGGAGCUGAAAAAAACAGAUUUGGAGAGCCAUUUAGCAAGGCAUCCAGCAGCUCGCACACGAUGGCGGGAACUGUUGAAAGUGAGGAAUGUCUGGAAGCAGGAUGGCGCCAUGGAGAAGCAGGUGGCCAUGCUGAAGGAAUGCUCCUUUUUUGGUGAAGACUUGCCAUCAGACUUUAUGAGAGCCAUCCAUCAACAAAUGGAGGCGCGCAUCUUCUUCCCAGAGGAUAAGUUGCAACGGGAGGAUGAUGCAGGCGACGUGAUGUUUCUCCUUUGUGAAGGGCAGGUUGAAAGGAUAGCACCCAGUGGUCACCGAAACAUCUUCGACCUUGGUGCUACAAUUGGUGAAUACAGCUUGAUUUCCAACGUUGAUGGGCCACGGGAUGAUAUCACAGCCAAGACCACCUGUGCGGUGAUGGUUCUCCAUCGAAUGAACAUGAUUGACGUGUUGAAACGUUACCCAGAGGCAAAGCCACACUUCGAGGCUGUUACUCGCAGGUUCAGGGCUGGAGGACACGAGGAAGGCGAGGACUCAUCCUGGAACAUCUACCGGAUGUCUUGCUUCAAGGACUGCUCCAGCAGGUUCCUAUAUUUGUUGGACUUGCAUUUGGAGCGGCACAUCUUCUUCAGUGAUGAAGUGGUUGUUGUUGAGAAUACGGAGGGCGAGGACAUGUAUAUUCUCUACUCUGGGACCAUGGACGUACAAGUCAAGGGCAUCAAGGUAGGAACCUUGGAAGGUGGGAUGUUUUUCGGAGAGAUGGCCGUGCUUGGACUGGUGCGUGUGCUCUCCCGGCGAUCCUUGGAGGAAGCAAUCAAUGAAUUUCCGCAGGAACUUGCAAGAUUUGAGGAAUUGGCUGCGACUCGAAAUCGAGUGUCUCUAGAACGCCGAAACGGAGGACGUGUUCGCCACUUGUGCAGCUUUUUCCAAGACUGCAAAGCCGAGUUUGCGGCAGCCAUUGCAGACGACAUGCAGGACAGACUCUUCACAGCUGGGCAGGUCAUUUGCCACGAGGGCACGCAGCACAAUUCCUUGUUCCUCAUCCACCAGGGUGCUGCCACAGUGGCCUGUGACGGGAAGAAGGUCUCUGAGCUGAAGAGUGGCGACAUCUGUGGCGAACUGGUUGCCAUGGGCUUCGCGCCUUCUGCAACCGCCACAGUCACGGCUUCCGAGACGUGCUUCAUGCAGGAGUUGCCCAAGGAGAAGUUGUUGGAAGUGCUGGGAAGGUUCCCUGAGGAGCGACAACAAAUCAGGCAUGUGGCGGCCUUGCGAAUGGAAUGGAAGCAUGCCCCAAGGGAGCUGCAGAUGUUCGAAUGGGUCAGCUCCUCCAAAGCUAUGACAAAUCUCUUGGAGCAGCUGAUGACCCGCUGGAUCUUCUUCAAGGGUGAUGAGAUUUUGACCCAAGGGGAGCCGGGUGACAGCCUCUUCAUGAUCUCCCUGGGAGCUUUGGAAGUGCUGCAGAAUGGGCAUCGUAUUUGUCAUUUAGGUUCUGGGGACGUGUUUGGUGAGCUUGGUGCUUUGGGUACUUCCAAGACAAGAACAGCAUCCAUUCGCUGCAAGGACAUUUGUGAUGUGUACGUGCUCGCCAAGGAAGCACUUCACCACCUGUUGGGACUCCAUCCCACAGCUCAGGAAGCUUUGCGGAAGCUGGCUACGGUUCGAAUGCGCAGUGAUGUGGAGCGCAAUUCGGAGAAGCACAUCCUGCUCCAUUGCCCUCUCUUCCAGCAGAGCAGCAGGAAAUUUCUGGAUCGGAUUUCAGAGCACAUGGAGGACAGCCUCUUCAUGGAGGGUGAGGAUCUUUGCAAGCAGGGCGAAAAGGGUGAUACAAUGUUCAUUCUCGUGAAGGGCGUUCUGGAUGUUUUGGUCUGGAAGGAGGGGGCCAACGUCAAGGUGAAUGAGCUCCCUGCCGGAAGUGUGAUUGGCGAAAUUGCCGUAUUGGGCUUGGCAAACCAUCGCACCGCCACCCUCCGGGCCCAGAAGGUGUGUUUGGUGCAAGUCCUUCACCGACCCAUCUUGAUGAAGUACCUGAAUGAAUUCCCGCGAGAGAUUGCCACUUUCCAGGAGGUGGGUGCAUCUCGCCUCGCCAAGAGCGGUGUCUCCAAAAAUGCACUUUUCCAGCAGCAGGUGCUCUUUCAGGAGAGCAGUGCAGCUUUCUUGGAGGAGCUUUGCAAGCAAUUGCAGCGGAAGAUCAUCUUCCCUGGACAAAUCAUUGUGGAGGAAGGCGCAGAGAGUCAGGAAAUGUAUGCCAUUGCACAGGGAGAAGCUUUCGUAGAGAAGGAUGGACGACGCAUCAGCAAUUUAUUGGAAGGCUCUGCCUUUGGUGAAAUGGCUGUCUUGGGCCUCACCAGUGGGCAAUCCGUGACCAUCAAGGCAGAACGCAUGUGCGACUUGCAGUACUUGAACUCCUAUGAUUUGGAAACCAUUUUGGAGGACUUCCCACAGGACAAGGUGCAGCUGUUCCAAGUUGUGGCGACAAUGAUGCGAGAGGAGCUGGCAGAGAUCAGCAACGAGGAGAUCCUCCAAGAAGUUCCACUGCUGGCUCUGCUGGGGGAUAGCUUCAUCAAGGGCCUGGCCGAGCAGAUGCAGGUUCGCGUGGCCCGGAAGGAGGAGCUGAUCAAGAGCAAAAACGAUAAGUUUUUCGUGUCGAUUCUGCAAGGCAAAGCUUCGGUCUUUCUCAGCGACCUCGUGAUUCGCGAACUGAAUGAAGGUGACACGUAUGGUGAAACGCAGUCGCUGGGAUUGGUUCAGUCCUCCAACUGUGAGAUCAAGGCCGGUGGAUCCUCUUGCCUCUACCUGGUGGGGGACAAGGAUGUGGUGCAGAAGCUGUUUCAAGCCGAAGGUGGCCGACCUCGCGAUAAGUUGAAGAGUACAGCUCAUGUCGCUCCGGAGAAAGGGAAAGGGGUGAUUGAGAGCAGCCCCUUGAAAGCAAUGAACUUUUCACAGGCCCAGCUGGACAAAGUCUAUCUCCUGUGCGAGGAGUGCUUUGGUGUAGCGGAUCAGGAGCUCUUGUCAGCUCGGCAAAGCCACAAGAAUCUGCUCUUCGUAGUGGCAGGAAAGGCAAAGCAGCAGCGAGGUGAAGGGACAGUUCACUACGAGUGGGGAACUCAAGCUUUGAGCUCAAGCUCAACUCGGCAUGAUGGUGGAGAUCGUGGAGGCGUGUUCUCUGGUGGCUGCAAGUGCAAGCGAGUGAAAGGUGACAUCCAAGAGAAAUUUGGAAGAUAUGGAGAGAUCCUCAAUAUUCAAAUCAUCAAAGACAACAUGACUGGGAAGUCAAAAGGCUAUGGCUUCAUCAAGUUUGCGGAAACCUCUGACGCUGAGAAGGUCUUAAGGACCAUGGACGGCGCUGAGAUCUGUGGCCGCAAGUGUAAACUCGAUCGUGCGGGCGGUGGACGACAGAACGCGAACCGUUUUGACGAUCGUCGUGGUGGAGGGCGAGGAAGGGAUGGGAAAGUCAUGGAGCCUGAGAAGCUGUUCAUCGGAAAGUUAUCUCCAGAUGCUACAGAGGAUGACGUCCGAGAAGCUUUUCGAAGAGUUGGAGAGAUCAAAGUACAACUCAUCAAAGAUCGAGACAGCGGCGAGUCCCGUGGUUUCGGCUUCAUCACCUUCUCAGAUGCUUCCAAAGCUGAAGAGGCGCUUCGUUCAUAUCAAGGAACAGAGAUUGCUGGACAAGGCUGCAGACUGGAACGCCCUGGUCAGAAACCUCAAGCUGGACAAAGGGGCGGUCGAGAUUCACGCUCACCCAGCAGAAGGGGUCGCCGAGGAGAGCGUUCCAGGUCCAGGGACAGGCGUCGAGAUGACUUUGACAGGAGGGGGGGCCAUCGGCGACCUCGUGACUACUAUGAUGCGAGACCGCGAGAUCGGGAUCGGCGCCGAGGUGACCGUGGUGACCGCGGUGACCGUGGUGACCGUGGUGACCGAGAUCGAGGUGACCGUGACCGCGGUGACCGCGGUGAUCGCGGUGAUCGCCGAGGGGAUCGGGGCGACCGUGACCGUGGCGACCGCGAUCGCCGUGAUCGGGGCGACCGUGGCCGUGAUCGAGAAAGGGACGACAGGGACGACAGGGAGGACAGAGACGAGAGCGACUCUCGUGAUGACUCCCGAGCUGCAGAAAGCGAGCCCAGAGAUGGUCGAAGAUCACGGACCCCUGAUGGCCUUCCCAGGAAGAGUGAAGCCAUUAGCGCGGCUCGCAAUGCCUAUGAGGACGCCUACGAGCGAGUUCAAGAUGCAAGGGCUGAGGCGGAUGAAGCCGAGGCCUCUUUGAAGAAGAUGGAGAAACAGGCACUGCAUGCAAUCGAUCGCAAGGUUGCUGAUGAAACUGAGAGGAUAAAGUCAGAUUUGGAAGACAAACUCAGUGAGAUGAGAAAAGUCUCCAAGAACGCCUUGGCCUUGGCCAUGGACCAAGCCGAGUUGAAGAUCCGGGAAGAGCUGGCGGCAAAGAUCGCCCAAAUCCGCAAGGAGUAUGAUGGCAAGGUGAAGGAAGAACAUGCGAGAGUCCGAAGAGAGCAUGAGGACGAGGCGGAGGAUGCUGAAACCAAGGAGCAAGAGAAAGCCGAGAAGAGGAUUGAGGAGCUUCGAAAAAAAGCUGAGAAGGAAGAAAAGCCUUGGGAGUGGAGGGAUGCUCGCGAUAAGGCAGUCGAUACGCUGGAGAAGGAGGAGGAGAAGCUUGAGUCUGCCAAGAGGAAACUAGAAUCCUUGACUGGACAGCCUGUCAAGGAGCCUCGGUCUCGCUCCACCUUGCCACAGGAAAAACGCAGACAGGGUCGUGGUCGCGAUUGA